CCUUAUCUAGUUUAAAUCUCUUUUAAAAUACCGAUCUUUGUUGGUUUUCUUAGUGUAUGUGCUGUAGAAUUCUUGGGUUCAUCAGAAAUUUGCGACGAUUUGCGAUUUCGCAUUGAUUCAAACGGAUUAUGGAGAUUUUCAACGGUUAGCUGCGGCGCAAGAGGCAGCGGCGGCUCGAGGAGCUCGUGACUACAAGAGGAGUUCAGGGCCGACAAUGGGCCCACCCCCAGCAGGACCCAACGCCAAGGGUCCGACCUCCCUCUUUAUAUUAACAGAGGAGAAUCCACUCCGCCGCUAUACCCGCUUCAUCAUCGAGUGGCCUCCGUUUGAAUACGCAGUUUUACUCACCAUCAUUGCCAAUUGCGUGGUCCUGGCACUUGAAGAGCAUUUGCCAAAAGGGGACAAGACCACACUGGCUAAAAAACUCGAACAAACGGAGGCCUAUUUCCUGGCCAUUUUCUGUGUAGAGGCGUCCCUAAAAAUCUUAGCGUUAGGUUUUGUACUUCACCGCGGCUCAUACCUUAGAAAUAUAUGGAACAUCAUGGAUUUUUUUGUAGUAGUUACAGGGUUUAUCACUCUUAUCCCCACAAACGAUUUAGAUAUGGAUCUUCGCACUUUGAGGGCUAUUCGAGUACUGAGGCCCCUCAAACUCGUUUCAGGCAUCCCAAGUCUGCAGGUUGUGUUGAAGUCUAUUAUCAAAGCGAUGGCCCCGUUGCUCCAGAUAGGCCUGUUAGUGUUGUUUGCCAUUGUGAUAUUUGCCAUUAUUGGAUUGGAGUUUUACUCAGGAGCGUUGCACAAAACAUGUUAUGACCUGGAGGAUUUAACACAGAUUGUAUUAGAAGGGGACGCAGCAACUCCCUGUAACACAGAUAAUAAGACUGAGGCUCCAACGGGUAGUUUCGUGUGCAAUGCAAAUCUUUCCGUGUGCCUAGAAGAUUGGGAAGGUCCUAACAGCGGAAUCACGUCAUUUGACAACAUCGGUUUUGCUAUGUUGACGGUGUUCCAGUGUAUAACAAUGGAAGGCUGGACAGCAAUCUUAUACUGGAUGAAUGAUGCCAUAGGUAGCUCAUUUAAUUGGCUAUAUUUUGUUCCCCUCAUCGUAUUGGGUUCAUUCUUCAUGCUCAAUUUAGUCCUGGGUGUUCUUAGUGGUGAGUUUGCGAAAGAGAGGGAAAAAGUUGAAAAUAGACAGACGUUUCUAAAACUGAGGAGGCAGCAUCAACUUGAAAGAGAGUUGAAUGGUUAUGUAGAGUGGAUCUGCAAAGCAGAGGAAGUAAUAUUAGCAGAAGAAAGAACAACAGAAGAAGAAAAGAUGCAUAUAAUAGAAGCUAGGAGAAGAGCUGCAGCGAAGAGAAAAAAGCUGAAAUCAAUGGGUAAAAGUAAAAGUACAGAUACCGAAGAAGAAGAAGGAGAAGAGGAAGGCGAAGAUGGUUUUUCUCGAGCUUCCUACUUAAAGUCGAAAGUGAAAAAUAAAGGAGCCUGUGUAUCGUUUUGGAGGGCAGAAAAAAGAUUUAGGUUUUGGAUAAGACAUGUAGUGAAAGCACAAUGGUUCUAUUGGUUUGUUAUUGUGCUUGUUUUCUUCAACACCGUUUGUGUUGCAGUUGAGCACUAUGGCCAGCCAAAAUAUUUAACAAAAUUUCUAUAUUAUGCCGAAUACGCAUUCUUAGGUUUGUUCAUGAUGGAAAUGCUCGUCAAAAUGUAUGCUUUAGGAGCGAGGAUAUAUUUUGAAUCGGCUUUCAAUCGUUUUGACUGUGUUGUGAUCUGUGGAUCGAUAUUCGAAGUAGUGUGGUCAGAAGUUAAAUCGGGAUCUUUUGGCCUAUCAGUGUUAAGAGCUCUUCGACUACUAAGGAUAUUCAAAGUUACAAAGUAUUGGUCUUCAUUACGUAAUCUUGUGAUAUCCCUUCUAAAUUCAAUGCGUUCCAUUAUAUCCCUUCUUUUCCUUCUCUUCCUGUUUAUCCUAAUAUUUGCACUACUCGGAAUGCAGUUAUUCGGAGGUCAGUUUAAUUUCCCAGAAGGAACACCACCCACAAAUUUCAACACCUUCCCUAUUGCCCUACUUACAGUCUUCCAAAUACUGACUGGGGAGGACUGGAAUGAAGUGAUGUACCAAGGAAUUCAGUCACAGGGUGGUCAUAAAGAUGGAGGCAUGAUAUAUGCGCUCUAUUUUAUUGUACUUGUGUUAUUUGGUAACUACACUCUGCUCAAUGUGUUUUUGGCUAUUGCUGUCGAUAACCUUGCCAAUGCUCAGGAACUUACUGCUGCUGAAGAAGAACAAGAAGAGGAAGACAAAGAGAAACAACAAUUGGAAUUAGAGAAAGAAAUGGAGACUCUACAAAGCGCAGAUGGGGGUCAUCCAAAGGUAGAAGUCUGCCCGCCAUCUCCUAGUUCCCAUUUUACAAAAUGCAGUUCUAAAAAAGAAGAAGAAGACAAAAAGGGAGGUGAUACUGAUGAAGAAACUGGGCCCAAGCCAAUGCUGCCAUAUUCAUCAAUGUUUAUUUUAAGCCCAACUAAUCCGCUUCGUUCAGCGGCUCAUUGGGUUGUUAACUUACGUUACUUCGAUUUUUUUAUUAUGAUAGUUAUAACAUUAAGUAGUAUCGCGCUAGCUGCUGAGGAUCCUGUUGUUGAAGAGUCAACACGAAAUGUUAUUCUCAACUAUUUCGAUUAUGCCUUCACUGGAGUAUUUACUAUAGAAAUGUUAUUAAAAAUUUUAGAUAUGGGAAUAAUUUUACAUCCAGGAUCGUAUUUAAGAGAAUUUUGGAAUAUUAUGGAUGCUGUUGUUGUAAUUUGUGCAGCUGUCUCGCUGGGAUUUGAAAUAAGCGGGAGUUCUGCUGGCCAGAAUCUGUCGACUAUCAAAUCCCUGAGAGUACUUCGUGUUCUUCGUCCCCUAAAAACAAUUAAACGAGUUCCCAAAUUGAAAGCGGUGUUUGAUUGUGUCGUGAACUCACUUAAAAACGUUAUUAACAUACUUAUUGUGUAUAUACUCUUCCAGUUCAUUUUUGCUGUCAUUGCCGUCCAACUGUUUAAUGGCAAAUUUUUCUUCUGUUCCGAUGAAAGUAAAUUUACUGAAAAAGAAUGCAAGGGUGAGUAUUUUGUUUACGAACCAGAUAGUCCACUACCGAAAGCAGAGAAGCGACUAUGGAAACCGAGAUGCUUCCAUUACGACAAUGUUGCAGCUGCAAUGCUAACAUUAUUUGCUGUACAAACUGGAGAAGGCUGGCCACAGGUGUUACAAAACUCAAUGGCUGCCACUUAUGAAGACAUGGGUCCAAUUCAAAAUUUUCGAAUAGAAAUGUCCAUCUUUUAUAUAGUAUAUUUUGUAGUUUUUCCAUUCUUCUUUGUUAAUAUAUUUGUAGCUUUGAUUAUUAUAACAUUUCAAGAGCAAGGAGAAGCCGAACUUCAAGAUGGGGAAAUAGACAAAAAUCAAAAAUCUUGCAUUGAUUUUACAAUUCAAGCCCGACCACUCGAGCGUUAUAUGCCAAAUAAAAGAAAUAGUUUUAAGUACAAAAUUUGGAGGAUUGUCGUAUCAACCCCUUUUGAGUAUUUCAUAAUGAUGCUCAUUGUUUUCAAUACACUUCUACUUAUGAUGAAGUAUCACAAGCAAAGCACUAUAUACAAGAAAACUCUUAACUACAUGAACAUGGGUUUCACUGGCAUGUUCACGGUUGAGUGUAUUCUCAAGAUACUCGCAUUUGGAGUGAGGAAUUUCUUCAAAGAUCCUUGGAACACUUUUGAUUUCAUUACAGUAAUCGGAAGUAUUGUUGAUGCACUUGUUCUUGAGUUUGUGGAAAAUUCAUUCAAUGUGGGGUUUCUACGUUUAUUUAGAGCUGCAAGACUUAUAAAAUUAUUACGGCAGGGAUAUACGAUACGUAUUUUACUCUGGACAUUCGUUCAAUCUUUUAAAGCGCUGCCUUAUGUCUGCUUGUUAAUUGCCAUGUUGUUUUUCAUAUACGCUAUUAUCGGAAUGCAGGUGUUUGGAAACAUGAAGUUUAUCCCCGAACAAUCAGUCAAUCGGCACAACAACUUUCAAACUUUCUUCGGUGCUCUGUUGCUGUUAUUUCGAUGUGCUACUGGAGAGGCUUGGCCUUCUAUUAUGUUAUCAUGUGUCAAAAACCGGCCUUGUGAUCCUAGAGCUGGAAAAGUUGGGAAUGAAUGUGGUUCAAGCCUUGCUUACGCAUAUUUUGUAUCAUUUAUUUUCUUCUGUUCAUUUCUUAUGCUCAAUCUUUUUGUUGCCGUCAUUAUGGAUAAUUUUGAUUAUUUAACAAGAGACUCAUCCAUUUUGGGUGCCCACCACUUGGAUGAGUUUGUAAGAAUAUGGGCAGAGUAUGAUCCUAAUGCUACGGGUAAAAUUCAUUAUACGGAAAUGUAUGACAUGCUGAAAAAUAUCGAUCCACCACUGGGCUUUGGUAACAAGUGUCCAAACAGGUUGGCAUAUAAAAAAUUAAUUAGGAUGAAUAUGCCAAUUGAUUCAGAUGGAAAAGUGAACUUCACCACGACCUUAUUUGCACUAAUCCGUGAAAAUCUCAGCAUUAAAAUGAGAAGCGCGGAGGAAAUGGACCAAGCAGAUGAGGAACUUCGUGACACUGUGAGGAGCAUUUGGCCACUGCAAGCGAAAAAAAUGUUGGAUUUGUUAAUCCCCAAGUGCAGUGAUUCAGGAAAAGGAAAAUUAACCGUAGGAAAAAUAUACGCAGGACUUUUAAUACUUGAAUGUUGGAGGACGACAAGAUUCGGUCAGAUAGAAUCAUCAGGUGCACCCCGCUCGUCGUUUUUUAACUGCCUUCUGGAUGUCGCUGCCGGAACAUGGGCAAACAAUGGUCGACACGAGGAUGACGAAGCAAGCUGCCUUCUAUCCAGACGCAACACACUACGCUCAAAGUCAAAAAAGCCUAUGGACUUGCAAGAUGUUGUGAUCCCGUCUCGGAGGCCGUCGGUUGAUUCUACGCAUGAAUCUCACCUCCAUCCAACUUCAAGCUAUAGGUCACAACAUAGAAAUCGUUCUCGCUCACCCAGCAUACGAAGGGCCCGUUCGCCUGCUGAUGUUGGGAGGAGCCCAUCACCACGAAGGAUGUACCAUCAUCAUGACAUUGGAUUCAGCGACACAGUAUCCAAUGUCGUAGACAUCGUAAAAGGUGAUCAUAUGCGAAGAUAUCCCCACAUACGAGAUGGGAGAUAUUGUCCGUGUGGGGACCACCACCUGCCUGUCUACAUGGGAGCCGCUAACAUGUAUGAUAGGUCGUGGUCAGCAUCUCCGAGCCCGGUCCGUUCGCCGAGCCCUGGAAGGUACAACCAUGGUCACGGAGGUGGUAGACGUUACAUAUACGGUACGACGAGUCUAGAGCAGCGUUCACGCUCACCGUCACCCCGCCCAACUCACCACAGGCACACGCAGCACAGCUACCCGGUGCUUGUGACUAGAAGAGGCCAAGGGCGCAAGCUACCCGCAACCCCGACCAAGCCGAGCACCCUACAGCUCACCCCUGCCUCGAUCAACUUCCCUAAGCUCAACGCGUCGCCUACUCGAAAUUAUCCAGGGCCGAUGAGUUUUGAACAAGCCGCAGCGAUUGGGCGAAGUGGAAGGAUCCUACCAUCCCCCGUACCCAAUGGAUUCAAAGCGCCCCAACCUUGCGAAAGGCACAGUGAUUCUGAUGAUGAUGACUGGUGCUAGCCUUUGCUCUCUACCAGCCCACAAAAGUAAUGAUGAUGGGCUGGUAAAUUGGAGGUGAUGUAUUCUGGUAUUCAGCCUUCACUACUGCCACUAACAUCUUUGACUUCCCCCUCAAGUGCUUUACACAGUGAUUGGGUUAUUUUGUUUUCAUUUUCUGUGAUAAUACUAGUAAGACAUUUUAUCGAUGUUAUAAUAUGGACACGUAUUUUUACUGGUGCUCAGUUAUGCCGAUUUACCGUGAACUAAACAAGCGGUCUCAAGUAGCUGACUGUAUAGUUGUAAUUAAGCAUGCGAGUGGCGUGUGAUGGUGCGACUAAAUUUAUUUUCUUUCUCCUCAGGGAAGUCGUAGAUUUUUCUUAAUAAGGGUUUUAUGUAUAUUUUGCCUGCUAAAUAGAUUUUAUCUUACUUUGAAUUUGUUUCAUUUUGUUUUUGUGUCUGAUUUUAAAGGGGUACUUUAUUGCUGUUUUUUCUAGAUGAAUAAAAACAUAGAAAAUAUAAUCUACGUUUUGCUAUUAUUAAAUAAUUGAUAUCCUGUUGCGCGGUUUGUGAGGUGUAUCCACCCUGAAAAUAUUUAUACUUCAUUAUUAUGUAAUUGUGACAAAGAUGCCUUAUUACUGUUUGUGAGUUUUUGUUUUUUAAUAUUUUAUUUUAUUUUUUAUUAUUUUUUAUUGUAACUGUACCAUAUUAAUAAUAUUUAAAAAAUUAUUGAAAAAUUUAAAAAACCAUCUAAUACAGUAUCAAAUUUUAUACUCAUGACUGAUUGUAAGAGACUGGAAUCUUUACAAUCUCUUGUAAAAUGUAAUUUGCAUUAUAGUUAAAAUAUUUACAUAUUGUGCAUUGGUUAUUGCAAAAAACACACAGCUUUGUCUGUCCAGUUAACAAAUUUAAAACGAUGUAAAAAUACAAAAACUCGAAUACUAAAUGGUCAGGCUUAACAAAAGAUACUUUAUAAAAAUAA